AUGGACUCCAAGACCGAUUACGCGAUGGACAAGAAGGAUUACAGCGACCUGGAGGUGGUGAUGCGCCAGUCGAUGAUGCCGAGCGACAAGUGCGUCAUCGACAGCAAAUUCCAGGAGGCCACGUCCAGCCCAUCUCCUAUCGUCUCACCCGCACCAGCCUACGUCGCACCCGUCACCAUGGCCAACUCGCCAAUCGUUCCGCCUUCGAGGACCACCACCGACGACAAUGCUAGCUUUUUCAAUCCCAAGGCCAUGACUCCCCAGCGGGAGGAGAAGACGAUUCUGGGCCUGAAGAGGAAGACCUUCAUCCUCGCCGCCGUCGGCAUCGCCGUGGCGCUGGUUCUAAUCCUCGGUCUGGCUAUAGGCCUUACUAUGGGAAAGACCGGCAGCUCUGACGGAGCGCCUGCGGUUGACAGCAAGAGCUCCGUCAUCCUCGAGAACUCCAGCUUGGCCGCGACGAACUGGACCGACACCAACAACGUUGGUCGCGCCGCCGUCUUCUACCAGGACAAGUUCAACGGCCUGAACGUCAUGCUCUUCGACUCCCUCAGCGGGUCAUGGACCAAGCGAAACGUCACGGCCAGCGUCAUGAACUCCUCCUCCAUCCCGGCGUUGGACGUCAUGCCUGGCACCCCUUUGGCCUGUGUCACCAACAGGUUUCAGGUCAGCCUCUACUACCUGCAGAGAGACAACACCGUCUCCGAGGUCUACUCCCCGAACCCCGUCACCGACCAGUGGAUGCCGGGUGCUUUGAACCCUACCCUUAACCCGCAGGCCUCCAACGGUUCUCGCCUUGCCGCAUACUGGCAAGUUUGCCCCAGCUGCACCGACACGCUCUUGCUCGCGUAUGAGAGCAACGGACAAAUCCAGCUUGUGAACUCGACCAAGUUACAAUGGCAGGCCAUGCCCUCUAUCAGCACCAAGGUCGUCCCGGGCAGCGGCCUUUCCAUGAACGGCUUCACCGACUUCAACGGCGGCGGCCCGACGGGAACCGACGCCAACGCCAUCCGCGUUUACCAGUCCGCCAACGACAACCUCAUGGAGCUGCUCUCCGGGCCCUUGACCGACCAUCGCUGGGAGUUUGGCAACUUUGGAAACCCACUCACCUCCAAACUCCCCACCAAUCCUGCGCCUGAGAUCGCCUCCUUGAGUUUCGGAUCCACUGGUUGGACUGAGAGCCUGGCCACAUACCUCACCGCCAACGGCAUGCUGGUCUCGGCGCACUGGAACGGAACGGCCUGGACGGUGAGGCCGCCGAGCCUCGAUAAAACCUUUGGCAACGCAACUGCGAUCGCCGCAACCCAAUCUCAGCGUUAUUACACCCUUGUGGAUGGCUCAAUCCACCAGUACAGGGUGGAAGCCUCAGCAGAUCCUUUCACGUGGUAUCAUGUCAACCAACUCUUGGGCUAG